AUGGAAGAACCACACCGCAUCCUGGAGGCCACAUCAGCGAUGUCAGAGACGGAGGAGUUCGCGCGGGAGAAACGCCCAUGCAUCACCGCUCCAGAGGUUCAGACGCCCGCAUCUCAUGUCAUAGAACCAUUGCCGCCGACUGAGGACCGCACAUUCACCCUUUCCGAGCAGGAUAUAAACACCCUCCUGGAAGCAGUAAACAAAAUGAUUAAAAUACAAGAACAAAUGAGGGAAGAAUCAAAGAAGGAAAUUCAAGAGAUGAUUAGAGAAAACAAACAAGCAAGAGAAGAACUAAAGAAAGAAAAGAAACAAAUAAAUGAAACACUAAACAAUGUGAUUGAAGAUACCAAACAAGCAAAUGAAGAAUUAAAGAAAGUAUAUGAACAGGAUUUCGAUAAACUGGAACAAAGGUUGAAAGAAGCAACAGAGGAAAGCAGGAUGGUAACACGGCAAAUUGAGGAGAAAUGUCAGACAAUUAAAAUCAAUAGUGGACCAGAGACUGAGCCCAUGCAUGCAGAAGCAAACAUACUCGACGAGGAGGUCAUAAAACAGGCAAGCGAACGUGACACGUGUAUGGAGGACCAACCUACCGAGAAUGUCAAAACUGAAGUCGCCCUGCACCCUGCAGAAUGCCGAGAGGAGCGGACGACAUCACCAGCCAAGCCGAAGAUGUCAUCCAUGGCAUAG